AUGUCCUCUACGGCCUUCCAAAAUGGUGCCAUUGGUACCCAUAAAGAAACCGAGUCAGUGGAUAUAGAACAACAAGGCAGACCGAUCGCCCUGGACUCUGGACUUCCAAAAUCUCUCGGUGCAGGUUCCGCGUUGGCACUAGGUGCAUUCGGUACAACACUCACCACACUCUCAUUGAGUCUAAUGGAAUGGCGAGGAGUAACGACCAACAACGUUUUCGUGGCCAACUUCUUUUUUAUCGCGGCAUUUGGUCUGGUUAUAACCGCGCAGUGGGAAUUGUCCAUUGGAAAUGGCUUCGCCUACACAGUUUUCAGCGCUUUUGGUCUUUUUUACGCCGGAUAUGGAGCUCUUCUGACUCCUGCAUUUGGAAUAUCCCAGGCUUACGGUGGAACCAGCACAGCAGAGUAUAACAAUGCCGUCGGGUUCUUCAUGAUUCUAUGGACCGUAUUUGUAUUCACGUUCCUCAUUGCAUCACUCGCAAGCAACAUUGCCUACAUACUUGUCUUCCUCUUUGUUGACCUGGGAUUCCUGACCGUUGCUGCAAGCUACUUUGCCAAGGCAGAUGGCCACGCUGCGUCUGCUGUCGCGCUGCAGAAGACAGGUGGAGUAUUCUGUUUUCUCGCUGGGUUGAUUGGAUGGUAUAUUGUGUUCCACUUGUUGCUGCAGGAUUCUAUCCUGGAUCUACCAUUGGGUGAUACUUCGAGAUAUUUUGGAAAGAAGGGGAAAAAGAAGGAGUAG